GCCCAUUUGGACGCUAGCCGCUUAAACCCCUCUGGCUCCUCGGGAGAUCGGUAAGGCGAAGCAACAAUGUUAUCCACUCUGCAUUCCCCUCGCUCACUGUCCCGCUUCCCGCUCCACCUCACCUCUUCCGUUAAACCCCGCGCCGCCUCCGCGUCCUCCGCUUCCUCACUCUCCGACUACCCUCCGCCGCCGCUCCCAGCUGCCCAAUCCCCAGGGGGAGCGCCGGCCUCCCAAAUCCUGACCGUCCGCCGCUCCCUCCUCUCCGGAUCCGUCACUGCUACCCAGCUAGCCGAGUCUUACUUGUCCCGCUUACGCCUCACGGAGCCGCAGCUCAAUUCCUUCAUACACGUCUCCGAUUCCGUGUUGAAAUCCGCGCAAGAGAUCGAUGACAAGAUUGCCAAAGGCGGAGGUGAAGCAUUGGGACCCCUCGCCGGGGUCAUGGUCGGCGUCAAGGAUAAUAUCUGCACCGCGGAUAUGCCGUCCACAGGUGGGUCCCGUAUUCUGGAGAACUACCGGCCGCCUUUUGAUGCCACGGCGGUGAAGAGGCUGAAGGAGAAAGGCGGGAUUGUGGUGGGGAAGACCAAUUUGGAUGAGUUUGGUAUGGGAAGUACUACAGAAGGUUCUGGGUUUCAGGUGACUGCAAACCCUUGGGAUUUGGGUCGUGUGCCUGGUGGAUCGUCGGGGGGAUCGGCUUCCGCGGUAUCUGCUCGGCAAUGCGUAGUUUCAUUGGGAAGUGAUACAGGUGGAAGUGUAAGACAGCCAGCAUCAUUCUGUGGUGUGGUUGGGUUAAAGCCGACCUAUGGACGUGUCUCGAGGUUUGGGCUUAUGGCAUAUGCCUCUUCACUUGACGUAAUCGGAUGUCUCGGGACAUCAGUGGCUGAUGUUGGUAUAUUUCUCAAUGCAAUCUCCGGUCAUGAUAAGUUUGAUGCUACUAGCAGCAAGCAAGAAGUUCCAGAUUUUGAAUCUCUUUUUACUUCCAUAAACCUAUUGGAGUCCAAACCAUUGAGUGGGCUGAAGGUGGGUCUUAUACGGGAAACCCUUGAUGAUGGUGUGGACAGUGGAGUUAAGUCAGCAAUAAACGCUGCUGUUUUGCAUAUGCAAGAGUUGGGCUGCAUUGUCAAUGAGGUUUCAUUACCUUCUUUCUCCCUUGGUUUACCUGCCUACUAUAUUCUUGCCUCAUCUGAGUCAUCUUCAAACCUGUCUCGUUAUGAUGGUGUCAGCUUGAUGUCUAGAUAUGGAAAACAAACAGUAUCUGAUGAGUUGAAUGCUCUUUAUGCGAAUUCGAGAGCAAGUGGUUUUGGUCCUGAGGUUAAAAUGCGAAUUUUAAUGGGAACAUAUGCUCUCUCAGCUGGUUAUUAUGAUGCUUAUUACAAGCGUGCUCAACAGGUAAGGACCUUGAUUCGAGAAAGCUUCAAGACAGCACUAGAAACUAAUGACAUUCUAAUUUCCCCAGCUGCGCCAUCGGUAGCUUAUAAGAUGGGUGAAAAGAAAAACGAUCCGUUGUCAAUGUACGCUGGAGACAUAAUGACUGUAAAUGUUAACUUGGCUGGGCUUCCAGCACUGGUUGUACCUUGUGGAUUUGUUGAGGGAGGGUCUUCGGGACUUCCAGUCGGUCUCCAAAUGAUUGGAGCAGCAUUUCAUGAGGAGAAACUGCUAAAAAUCGGCCACCUCUUUGAGCAGACCCUUCAAGGAUGCAGGUUUGUUCCACCAUUGGUAGCUGAUGAUCCGACUUGGAGUAGAACCUAAUUCUAACUAGCUUCACCGUGAUAGGAACUCGGAACAUAUUCGUAGAAAUGAACAUACUCGUGCAUGCAUUAAGUAAAUUAUUCUGAAUAUUAUUUUUUUCUGAAACGGGAUCCCGAACUCAACUGAGCUAGAGCAACCGUCUGGGUGUAAUGGAGAGAAAGGCGAUCACUUGCUUAGUGCAACCGUCUGAUAUCAUGCUUACUUGACACUAUCGCAGCAGCUCUUCGUUAAAAUUUUUAUAUAUUAGAUGAAGGGCUGAUGCUUUAAAAAUCCAAUUCGCGGAUUUUCCCACUGUAUUUUGUUGAGGGACUGGUAUAUGUGAAUUCGCAGGGGCUCUGACGUGUGCUUAAUUAGAGA